GCCCGCCUCCUUGUGUUCAAACCGCGGAUUUUUGAAAAUAACGACCGAGUCAGUAGCAACAGGAGUUGUCCACCGACUGAGACUUUAAACAUAUUGAUAUCAGAACAUCAUGAUGUCCAUUAAUGACCCAAACAUGAGUGAUAAGUUCACCAGUACAUUGGAGGAGAUCCACAGCAAACAUCUUGAAACAUAUGCAAAAGUAAUCGACACGACUGCUGAAUUGUCCCACUCCCACAUACAGUUUGUGAAGUCAGCACUUGAUACGUCUUUAAAAAAGUGUAAGGAUGAUGAGAUGGUCUUUGACACAAUACAGACAUUCAGAAAAGACUUGGAACAAAAAAACGUGUCAUUGAAGGGCAAACGGCAUGCCAUAUCUGAAAUGAUAUCUGAGAUUCAAGAGAAGGAGAUGCAGAAAGAGGACAUCAUCCAGAAGAUUGAGAAACUUAAAGAAGAACAAGCCAAGAGAACAGAGUUAAUUGAGUCUCAAAACAAAGCCAACAAAGACAGACUGAGGAAUCUUCAGAAAGCCAGAGGGGUCUUUCAUGAUCAUUUGGGGAUGGAGAUACGAACAAUCCUUGGCAAAACCGAGCAGGACAAAGGUAAAAAGUUGCAGUUUGUUUUCCGGAACAUCAACCCUUCUAAUCAGGACAGCGCUUAUGUUAUCACAAUGGGGAUUAAAGAAAAUGGAUCAUACCAGAUUGUUUCUAGUGACCCCACCCUUGAGUGUCUGCCGGUCUUGGAAAGCCAGCUUCAGGAGACCAAUAAUUUACCAGCAUUCCUGGCAAAAGUCCGAAAGGAGUUUAUCUCUCAGGCUCGCUGCUCCAACACCAUGCAGUGAAGUUCUCACUACAAUGCAGACUAAUGAAAGCAAGAGGGAUUACAUGGAGAGUCAUCAUAGGGGGAUUACAGGUCUGUAAAUACAACAUCAUACAAUACAAUACAACUGCCUUGUUGGGACUCUUGGAUCUGAAUUUCAAAUACACUUCUGCUGGCAAUAAUUAACAAGUGUUCAGACUUUUUAUUGAGAGAGCUUAGUCAUAUUACAGAUUACUGGAAUCUGCGUAUUUCGUGUCUUUUCAAACCCUGGACUUCUUCCUUUAGAGAACAUGUCUUCUGGUGUACAUAGUUAAAGGACGACACUUUAAAAAAAUAUCUGAUCAUUCAUAUUGAUGUAAACAGUUUAAUUUUUUGUCAUCAUUACUCAUUUUACAGACAGUAGGGAUAUCAAAUAAGUAAAACAGUUUUAUUUUCCUGUCACUCAUACCGAUAUAAUAAAGUAUGUGUUUUUAAAAAUAUUCUCAGUAGCUGAGUUUGUCUGUACACAUUGUAGUAUAAAUAAUGGAAAUAAUUAUUUGGGUGUAAAAGUUAAAAUAUAGAAUAAAUUUUUAGAGCAUCACAAAAUAACGAAGGACAGUGAAGGAAAAUCACAGAUCCUUAUUGUCAGCAGACAAACAUGCACUAAAUUGAAUGAAAUUGUUGGUGCAUAAACAGAAAUCAGUAUUUUUUGUGGGUGCAGUUUCAGCACUGCAGAAUUUCGGAAACUUCUCAAAUCAUUGUGAGUCUUUGCUGCUCAUCAGGCGUCAGAUGAUUUAACACUGUCUAAAACAGGCAGCUCUUCCACAUAGGUUGAUGGGAAAUGGCCUGUCUGUCCAUUAAGAGUUCCAAACCACCAGCCAUUUUCUUCCUUGGCACAAAUGUCUAGAAGAUCCCCUAUGAAACAAAUCAUUUUAUUAAUUAUCAGUCUUUACUGUUAUAAAAAAAAUCUGCAGUUGAGUCACAACAUACCUUCUUUCAGAGUCAACUCAUCAUCGUGUUCAGGUGUGAAAUUGUACAGGGCCUUGCAUUUUCCUAUACUGGGCAACUCUGGUGUUUGAUCUGCGGAGUAUUUUUGAUUGCUUUAAUUUUAUGAUGCAUUUCCAGAUGUGGCAAUUAUAAAAUAAAUCUUAUUUUAUGCUUUGUAAAUAAA